CUCCAGUCUGCAGCUAGACUACUUUGGCUAGACUACUUUGGCUCCAGUCUGCAGCUAGACACUGAGUCCUUUGUAUUUUCUUUUCUUAUUGGCUUCUGCUUAACAUGUGACUUCUCAGCAUGUAUUCUGGGAGAUGUAGUUCAGUAUUGAGCAGACCUUUGUUCCCCUCCCAUUUACUUCCUGUGCAGCUGCUGCUGGACACGGCCAGAGCACUGAGAGAUAUCAGGUAUUGAUGUAACUGAAGUGAAUAAGGGAACCUUCUUCCUGAGCACAGACAUUGGAGCCUGUUAUCAGCAUGAAUUCAUAUGUGUUAGACAAACACGUGAAUAGUUAAUUUCCAUCCUUCACUACGGAAAGCAUCAGAAUGAUGCCGCAAACUCCAAUAGUCUUAGACACCAAUGACUAUUCACAAACAUUGGGGAUAUCACAGCAGAUAUUUAAAGAAGAUGUUGAAUUGGCAGGAACUGGGCAGCAAUCAUUGUGUACAGAGAGUAAUUUAGUCAUCAAACAAGAGGACAACAUUUAUGAGUUAUCUAGUGAAAUUAUUAUCCCUGAGGAUAAACCACCCACAUUUACUCCGUUUUCAAAACAUAUUAAAGAAGGGAAAAGUCUACAGUCUAACGAAAUGAUUCAUACAAAGGAGAAACAUUUCAAAUCUACAGAAUGUGAGAAAAGCUUUAGAUGGAAGUCUCAUCUACUAGAACCCCACAAAAUUCACACACGUGAGAAACCACACACAUGUCCUGAGUGCGGCAAAUGUUUUAAACUAAUGGCUCAUCUGAAAGCGCACGAAAGGAUUCACACAGGAGAAAAGCCAUUCACAUGUGUAGAGUGUGGAAAAAACUUUACACAAAAGAGUAAUCUGAAAACUCAUGAAAGGAUUCACACAGGAGAAAAGUCUUACACAUGUACAGAGUGUGGAAAAAGUUUUAUAAAAAUGAAAUUUCUGAAAACUCAUGAAAUGAUUCACACAGGAGAAAAGCCGUUCACAUGUACAGAGUGUGGAAAAUGUUUUACAGAAAAGAGUAAACUGAAAACUCAUGAAAGGAUUCAUACAGGAGAAAAGCCUUACACAUGUACAGAGUGUGGAAAAAGUUUUACACAAAUGAGUAGUCUGAAAUACCAUAAAAUGAGUCAGAUAGGGGAAAAGCCAUUCACAUGUACAGAGUGUGGAAAAAGUUUUAUACAAAAGAGUAAUCUGAAAAAGCAUGAAAGGAUUCACACAGGGGAAAUGCCUUUCACAUGUACAGAGUGUGGAAAAUGUUUUACAGAAAAGAGUACUAUGAAAAAACAUGAAAGGAUUCACACUGAAGAAAAGUCGUUCACAUGUACAGAAUGUGGAAAAAGUUUUACACAAAUGAAUUGUCUGAAAAUUCAUGAAAGGAGUCACACAGGAGAAAAACCUUUCACAUGUACAGAGUGUGGAAAAAGUUUUACACAAAUGGGUCAUCUGAAAUAUCAUGAAAGGAGUCACACAGGGGAAAAGCCUUUUACUUGUAGAGAGUGUGGCAAAAGUUUUACACAAAUGAGUAAUCUGAAAUAUCAUAAAAGGAUUCACACAGGGGAAAAGCCUUUCACAUGUACAGAGUGUGGAAAAUGUUUUACACAAAUGAGUGAUCUGAAAUAUCAUAAAAGGAUUCACACAGGGGAAAAGCCUUUCACAUGUACAGAGUGUGGAAAAAGUUUUACAAAAAUGAGUAAUCUGAAAAAACAUGAAAGGAUUCACACAGGGGAAAAGCUUUUCACAUGUACAGAGUGUGGAAAAUGUUUUACGCAUAAGAGUACUCUGAAAACUCAUGAAAGAAUUCACAAGGGAAGAAACCUUUCACAUGUUUAGAAAGUGGAAAAAAGGUUUUUAUUGAAGUCAGGUAUCACAAAACACCAAAUAUUUACACACAAAUAAACUUUAUAUACACAGUGUACAAACCUUUUUACAAUUAUCCUAAAGAGGACAAACUCUCUAAAUAGAAGCAUCACAAAGGAUCCUAUUGUAAAUAAUACUUUCUAUAUUCCAGUUAUAAAAGCCCCAGAUUGGAGGUGCUCUCCUGCUGUCCUUUGUUCCUCUGUAUAUGUGCACCUCAGUUUCUCUCAUAUCAAUGUUAUAGAAUACAAACACCACACAGGAAUAUACAAAUCUGUCCUCAUACUGACCAGUUUACACAGCCAUUCACCACCAAAGCACCCCCAGUGUUGUUUAUUAAUAUGCCAGUGUUAGGAGUUGUACGUUUGUUUUACAUAGGGGAGGAAAUAAUUACAUUUACAGAAUAAAGGAAUCUUUAUAUGAA